AGCUGCAGCAGCUGAGCGCCUUGUCUCCUACGCGAUCAUGGUUCAGUUUGCCUGUUGCAGACGCGUGUUUCCUCUCAUCUGAUGCACAGGCUCUUCGCUCAAAGUCUCCGGCUUCAAUCCAGGGAACAGAGGGAGGUCGCGGCCGCCUGCCGUCAGAUCGCUGAGGAACUGCAUGACAUAUAUUUGGGAUUAAGAUGGUCAUCAAGGUUUACAUUGCGUCCUCGAGUGGCUCCGUGGCGUUGAAAAAGCAUCAGCAGUCCAUCGUUGGUUUCCUGGAGGGCAAUCGCAUCAACUUCCAGGAAAUAGACAUCACCAUGCUGGAGGAGCAAAGGCUGUGGAUGUACCGCAACAUACCCCAGGACAAGCAGCCAGAGAAAGGCAACCCGCUGCCUCCGCAGAUCUUCAGUGAUGACUGCUACUGUGGGGAUUACGAAGACUUCUUCCAAGCGAAGGAGAACAACACUGUGUUUUCAUUCCUUGGCCUCAGUUCCAAACCCUCAGUGAAAGAUUCAGAGUCAUAGAUCCAACUGCUGGUGGUGUCACGUCCAGGUGACCUUCAAAGACGAGGACACAAACCGCACCGCUCCCUGUGUUGCAUCGCGUCCUUGGCCGUGAUCCUCCUGAUACGACGCCACCAUUUUGCCAAACCUCACCAACCCCUGGGAUCUUUUCCUCCCUGUAUGACCCCUCCUAAACAACAUUCCGUCAUCAGUGAAGUCCCAGAGACGUGUCUGACUCCCAAGAUGCCACUAAAACGUUACCACAGAAGAAGAGUAACCUUAGGAUUCGAGGCGUUUGUGUGUCCUGCAUGUGUUUAACGUACUGUCAUAGUAAAAUACAGUAACAUGAAUUCGGUGCAAACAAGACGACAACGCAGCAGUACUUCAAUAAUGAGGUGCAGCAGAGCAGCAGAGGCCACCUGAACACACUCUUGUGUUGUGGGUGCAUGCCUUAAUGUGUGUGUGUGUGUGUAUUGUGUGUGUGUGUGUGUGUGUGUGUGUGUUUCUGUCUCCAUCAGCAGCUGUUAAUGAAGGCUGUGUUAGGUGAGGGGAGCUGAGAUGUAGCACUUCAUGCAACCUAAAACAACCCGAGGCCGAGCAGGUGUGUGUGUGUGCGGGUGCGUGUCUGUCUUUUGUGUGUGUGUGUGUGUGUGUGUGUGUGUGCGUGUCAGGAUGCCUUCCCAGAGGUGACAGUGACACUGCAGCUUAACACAAAGCAGAUGAAACCUUUCUCUAAUUCUGAUUAUACAUCAUGCCGUUGCCAGCGUCCAUGGCCGUGUAGUUACUGUCAUCAAAUAAACACACAACUUGUUUUUUUGUCACUCCACUGUCGGUGUGAUUAAAGUACGCUUGCGCAGAUGUCUUACACAUACAAACGCACGUAUGCAAAAGCCACAACACAACUGCAAAAGCCGCACAACAAUAUCUGUAUUUUGUUUUUUCUACCCAACACACACAUGACUUACACGGGGUUAAACAGCACGUUCGUGGGGAUUAAUAAUAGCUGCAGAUGAGCACAUAUUUGGGGUCUAUUACCGAGCAAGCUAGGCAACAGAAUGGUUAUUGUGGGAUUGAUUUAAAAUCAAAGACAGUGCCCAGGUUUCUGAUAAUGAAUGAACAUGUCACUUAGAGCAACAGUGCAGCUCCCUAAUCCAUAUCAGGCUUUGAAAAACGCAGACAGGGAUUUGUUGAUAACAUGAAAAACAUGACAUCACCAGCUUCAGGCUCCCAUCAAAACAACUAUAGACUAAGUGUAAUUAGGGUUGCAAAUUCUGGGAAUAUUCAAAGUGGGACGCUUUCCACGGGAAUAUACGGGAAUAUACAGGAAUUAACGGGAAUUAACGGAAAAAAUGGAAAUGUGGGUAAUUUAUACUCACUGUAUUUACCUUGUCAUAUACAGACAUAAAUAUAGACAUUUUGUUUUGUCAUAGGCUGAUAUGAGCCCUGAGGAAACUUUGGGCACUUGACUAUAUGUUUCUGGAUCUUUGUUUCAUUCUCAACAUAGGUCUUUGAACAGUAUUUGCAAAUGCACACAGCCUUUCCUUCUACAUUGGUUGGGUUGAAAUGUCUCCACACAUAAAGAUAGUGCACGUGGAAGUUUUCUGUAGAAUAAGAUGAGAAAAAAAGCUUGUAAAAAAACACUAAUGCAAUUCCAGAGAUAUAAAUAGUUGGCCGAACAGUUGGAGUCGUCUUUAAAAAUAUUUACAAUUGAUGGAUAAAUGAAUAGAAAUAGGCUAGAUGAACAGAUGAACAAUCCUCAAUCAGCAUGUUAAUAUAUUUUCCCCAGUUAUAUCAUCGAAACUUACCUGACUAUUCCUGCACACUCCAGCAGGCCUCAUUAGCCCUGUGUAGUGAACAGGAUGCUGGCAAUUAUCUGUGCAUGUGAUGGAAGAAUGCACAGUGCAGGGUUGAAAUUCAACGUGCAGCAUGUGCUGCAUUCCAUACAUCUUUAAAAUAGAGUUUUGAAUGAUGUUUUUAUCACGCACAAUUAAUUUGCGAAUAUAUAAUUUUUUUCAAAAUUCCCCAAAUUCCCAAGCUCAAUAUUCCCAUGGAACAUUUCCGGAUAGUUUCCGGAAAUUUGCCGGAAAAUGUCCGCCCCUAUGCAACCCUAAGUGUAAUAGAUUUCUCCAAGUGUAGCGAUGUUAAUAUGCGAUGGAAGAUCUUAGAGAUUGUUGUUGCUAUGAAGACCAUUGAUAGGCAAAGCUCCCAGCCUCUGAUCUCCUCUUCUGCGCUCCCACCUCUCUCUGAGUAAACUAGUGCUCUACCUCCAACCCUGUCGUCUGUACCCUGUGUCCUUCUUUGAUGUCACCACGUUGCGUUGUCUCUUCAUGGCUCUCUCUCUCCUAUGAAAUCGUCAUGUUCAGUUGGUUUCGGGUGCAAACAAGCCGAAAAAACACUCCCACAAACCGUUUCUCCUGAAUGUUGUGCCAUCUGAAAAAGGAGGAUAUGCCCUUUUUGAUUAACUUUGAGUACCCAGGACAUCGCAUUGUUGCCGUAGGUCGUGACAGCAUUCCUAUUUUUUACUUUUGCCAGAUCAUGACUUGAAUUUCUUGCAGUUUUGUGAGACGAACAUUUGUCACACCUCUGUCUGCGACUGUGGCAUUUCUUUCGGGUUUCAUGAGAGCAUCACACUCACUGACAUCUCACCGUGUGGGUUAUUUUGCACAACAAAGCCAAUUAAAAUACUUUUGAGUAU